CUUGAUCAACCUCUUUCUGAACACGAUACUGCUGCUUGUCUUCUUCUGACUGCCGAUACCUACUGCAGAUAGCUAUACUCCGCCCCAGAUCCAAACACCAUCAACCCCAAUAGCCGACGCGCUAGUUCCAAGAACAUUGCCACAUAAGCUCAGCGACCUGGCAGCCGCCUGGAUACCGCGGCGAAGGCUCGGCGCAAAAUCCUUCAAGUGCGGACUCCGCGCGCUCCGCUCCCGUCCUUCUUAGUAGCCUCCGGCCGCGUCCCUCCCGCCGACUAAUUGUUCCUGGCCUGGUUCCGAACUGUCACGCCCACUCUUUCGCUUCCGUUUUGCUCGGGUCCCGACUGUGCCAUUCUCCGGGCUCUGUCUUGGCAAUUUCACCAAUCCCGUGCUGUGCAAGGCCCCGAUCCGGAUCUUGUUCGCCCGGCCCGCCGGCUCCCUUCGGCCCCUUAGUCACGACCUACUCACCCACAUUGUAGACAUCAUCUAUCGAUAGAUGCCUCAUAGAUUCGAAAACCAUUUCACCCGCCGUGAUGGAUCCCGCAUCGUCGUCUGCCGUCCCUGGCCCGAGUACCUCUGCCGGCGGCUCCAACCUUCCCAUCAAACGAGCGUGUGAUGCUUGUCGUGCACGCAAGAUUCGCUGUGAUAGGGAAGACCCCUGUGCUCACUGCCAACAUGCCGGCAUCGAGUGCAAGAACACCUCGGGACUCAAGCCGAAAGAAAAGAGGACUCGCAUUCUCAUUACCCCCCAAUAUGAGAAGAAGAUCGACCUGAUAGACCGCCGACUCGACGGCGUAGUCCGCCUCCUCGAAGACCUCAAACUCCACUUUCCUGUACCGUCAGCAACAUCAACAUCCAAACCCCCGGACACGUCGACUUUCGCACCGAAACCGCUCUACCUGCAGCCGAAAACCGUCGCUUCGUCCAUCUCGACGCCUGCCAGCCAUGCCAACUCUGUCCAGACGAGCGACCCCAUGGUGGAAGGGGAGUCAUCCAUGACAGCCCAGUCAAUCUUUGCCCACGAUUUCCUCCAAAAGGCCGUCGGGGAUGACUCCUCCGUCCUUGAAAUGCGAGAGACGCUUGACGCCCUUCACUCUCUGGUCGACGCGCUGAAGCAGCAACCGGCCAUCCACGAGCUGACAUAUCCCCACGCCAGACCCAUAGCUAGGCUUGCUCUCGGCGACUGUGAAAUGCCCCCGGUGCAGUCCGCCGUCAACGCUAUCCGCGAGGCAAAAGCUCACAAAACACUUGGCCUGGAGUGGGUAACCAACUUCCUCCACCCGGAUCAUUUCACCGACCUGGUCCUCAAAGUCUACUUUUCACCGGCCGAUUUCAACGAAGCCGAGUUCAUCAUUGUGAAUGCCGGCCUGGAGUGUCUCUACAUGGACCUGUCCGUAAACAAGGCCACGGCGGCGCCGCUCAAGGAGGAGUAUGCAAAAAUGGGGACCCUCUGCACCAGUAACCUCGAGACUGCGUUGGCCAACCUGCCUCUGCACCUGCCAGCCACCAUGGACAUGAUCGUGGCCUUGUUGUUCGGCGCCUACCACGCCAUGGAAGUGGCAAAGCCAAGCCUUGCCUGGACGUUGAACACGGCCUCGGCCCAGCUAUGCCAGACCCUCGGAUACCACCGAAUAGCUUCCGUCAGGAGCGGCAACCCUGACGACGAAGAUUACAAGAUUUUCCUGUUUUGGUCCGUCUACUUUGUGGACAAGUCGCUCUCCCUCCGCCUGGGUCGCCCGUCAACAAUUUCAGACUACGACGUCACCGUCCCCUACCCGUCGAGUGCUAGCAAAAUGCACGGUGCGCUGAUGAGCUACUUCUGCUUGUGGGUCAUUGUGUCCAGGAUCCAGGGCAAGACCUACGAGCUGUUGUACAGCCCCGAGGCGUUGUCCCAGUCGAGCUCAGUCCGUGAAGGUCGCGCACGGGGGUUGGCGGCAGAGCUUCAGCAAGUGACGGAUCGCACUCAGGAGACGCACGCACAGUACUUGGAGUCGGCAAUCAAGGCCGUCGGCCAAAACACGAUGGAUUUCUUCAACGUCUCUGACGAGGUGCUGAGAUUGUCGCUACUCACCAUCAUAUACCGGGCGGUACCCUCGCCCCCAGGCUCAUCCACCACCUUUAGUACAGAGUGCAUCGGCGCCGCAAGGGCGACACUGAAGCGACACGAGGAUUGCAUGGCGAUCAUGGCCAAGGACGGCUACUACCUGUUUCCCAUGUAUAUGAAUUGGACUAUCCUCUUCGCACCGUUCGUGCCGUUCAUCGUCAUCUUCUGCCAGGUCAUGGAAACGAGCGAUGCUACAGAUCUGGCCCGACUGCAAGGGUUUGUUGCGUCGAUUCAGGACGCCAAAGAGUUCACCGAGGCGUCGGCGAGACUCUGCCGGCUCUUCCAGGUCCUCUACAACGUCGCGUUCCGGUAUGUCGAGAUGCGCAACAGUUCACAGCAGACGGGGCAGGCGCAGGCAAGCCAGGAGAUGGACAAGUAUCUCACGGCACUCGGGUUCCCGUCCGCGGGGCAGUCGUCCGAGGGGGGCCCGGACGGUUCGGACCAGCUCCCGAUGGGCGGCGGCGGCGGCAGCGGCGGCGAUGAGGGGAUGACCUCUACCGGGUCGGGCCUGGUGCCACUCAACCAGAUGCUGUGGAUGGGAAACGCAUCGCAGUUGGAGGACUGGUUUUAUAGUAACCAGCAGAUGAUGGGGCUUGUGGAGGAUGACGACUCGUUCUUGCAGUGAGUCCGCAGGCCUGUCGAAGCAUGUGGUAGGACGGUGAUGGAUUGGGGACACGACGAGAAAAAUGAUGUACACAUUUCACUCUACGGUGUUAGAAUACGGGCACUUGAGGAAUUGGCUCACUGGGAGCAAUUUGGACGAGGCGCGGAAUUCAAUGUCAGCCAGGAUAAACCGCCUGGGUAUAGAUGAGCGAUGGCUUCAAAGAGACAAGCAUUGCUACUCUGCAGAUAGAGGUGAGAAUCAUGCAAUUUAACGCGAAG